AAAGUAUAAAACUAGUUGACUUCAAAGAUGUCAAUUACUUACAAAUUAUCCAACAGAACGUAAUUUAAAAACCUAUGUUUCUUAUUUAUCUUCCUUUUUUAUUUAUUUUAUUUUUUAUCUAUUUUUCCCUCGGUUUAAAUUUUAAAAAAUGUCACUAACUAUCAUAAUUUUAAUUUUGUCAUCAUCAUCUUUCUCUUUUCUACAAUCAUCCGAAAGAAUUCCACGAUUUCUUAAUUUGCAAAGUGUAAAAGAAUUCAUCAACGACGGUAAUGAAUUCGCCUCCAAAGAACUUGACGACAUUACCCCGGAGUUAAAUUCCGAAUACGAUUUCAUAAUCGUCGGUGCCGGAAGUGCGGGUGCAACUCUAGCAAAUAGACUCAGUGAAAUAGAAGACUCAACAAUUCUCCUCCUCGAGGCAGGAAGAAGCGAAAGUUUAGCCAUGGACAUACCAAUAUUUCCCCAUUUUCUCCAAUUCAGCAACGACAUCAACUGGAAAUAUCAAACCGAAUCAUCAGAAAAAUACUGCCUGGCAAUGAACAAGCACAAAUGCAAUUGGCCUCGAGGUAAAGUAAUGGGUGGCAGUAGUGUCUUAAAUUACAUGAUUGCCACAAGGGGAAAUCCCAACGACUACAACACAUGGUCAAGAAUGGGAAACGAGGGUUGGAGCUUCGAGGACGUAUUCCCUUACUUCAAGAAACUCGAAAACAUGCAAAUACCCGAAUUGAGAAACAAUAAAUUAAUGCACAAUGUCAAUGGACCAGUUGGCAUUGACUAUUCACGUUAUCGUACCCCACUGGCAGAUGCAUUUAUCACCGGAGGAUUAAAAAUGGGCUACAAUAUUCUCGACUACAACACAAAUGAUACAAAUGGAUUCGGCUAUGUUCAGAGUACAACAAAAAAUGGCGAACGAAUGAGUACGAACCGUGCAUACUUGCAUCCUAUUCGCGAAAGAAAAAAUCUCUUCCUCUCUCGUGAAUCCCUAGUGGAAAGAAUCCUAAUCAACAACAAGCAAGCAAAAGGUGUUAAAUUCACAAAAAAUAACAAAUCCAUAAAAGUUUAUGCCAAGAAAGAAGUGAUUAUUUCCGCCGGUGCUAUUGGUUCACCACAAAUAUUAAUCCUCAGUGGCAUUGGUCCUGAGGCACAUCUCAAAGAACUAGGAAUAGAUUUAAUAAAAUCAUCUCCAGUUGGUGAGAACCUAAUGGAUCAUGUGUUUUACGGUGGUUUAAUAUUCACCGUCAAUCAAUCGAAUCCCUUUCUUUUGGAAAAUCUCAUAAAUCCAUUUCUUCCCCAUCUUGGAAAUUAUCUGGAAAAAAGAGAUGGAGCAUACACAUCGCCAGGCGGUGUCGAGGCCGUUGCUUUUCUCGACGUCAAUCGACCCGGUGACAGCACUAGUUUACCAAACGUCGAAUUUUGUUUUUCUGCUGUGAGUUUAGCGGCAGCAUCAAAUGCCUAUCGAUUAUACAAUUUGUCCGAGGAAUUCUUUCAAAAAGUGUACAAAAACAUUCUUUCGCAAUAUACCUGGAUGGUAUUACCAUUUGUUAUGCAACCAAAGAGUAGAGGAAGGAUACUUUUGAGAAAUAAAAUGGCAGGUAGUGAACCGAGAAUAAUUCCGAAUUAUUUUCAACAUCCUGACGAUAUGGGACUGAUGAUAAAGGCAAUAAGAAUUAUACUCGAUAUUAAUGAGUCGGAGGAAAUGAGAAAAUUUGGAUCUCAAUUGCAUGAGGUCCCCAUACUUGGUUGUGAAAAAUUACCAUUUAAUUCUGAUCAAUAUUGGAAUUGUGCGGUGAGAACUUUUACGAGUACUAUUUAUCAUCCAGCUGGUACUUGUAAAAUGGGUGCUGAAUCUGAUUCGACAGCGGUUGUUAAUCCAAGACUACAGGUAAUCGGUAUUAAGAAUCUAAGAGUUGUCGAUGCAUCUAUAAUGCCGGAACUACCAUCGGGACAUACAAAUAUUCCCACGAUAAUGAUUGCUGAGAAAGCAGCUGAUAUGAUAAAGGAAGAUUGGCACUAUCCCACAGGAAAAUGAUAAAAUUCUAUUAUUUGCUGUGUUAAUUUGAAAGUGUAUUUAAAAGAUUCGUUUUUCCUAAGGUUAUUAAAUUGAUACCAAAUUGGAUCAAAUUGAUAAAUUUGAUGAAUUGAUAAAUUUGAUCCAAUUUGGUAUGAAUUUAAUAACUUUAGGAAAACAGUAUUUUUUAAAUGAAAUAAUGUAUUCUAAUCAUUUGUACAUAGUCGAAUAAUAUAAUGAACAUUGCGCAUGAAAAAUAUAGUAUACUACCUUCAUUAAUUAAAUUUAUUACACUGUAAUUUUAAUUGUACUAAUUAAAAUGAAUUUCAAGGGGAAACAUAAAUUCUUUUGACAACAAAA